CUCCAUCAACAUUUCCCACACACGCAUCUCACAUCUCCCAAGCAAACAAACAAACAAACAAACCCAAACACCAUAUUGCCAGUCAAUACCACUACCAGCAAAACAACAAAACAUGAAGAUGCUUUCCGCUCAACUCUUGACGGUUCUAGGCCUCGCUGGAAUCGUCACCGCCAUUCCGCAGAUGGUGGUUCCCCUCUCCGACCAAGACCAUCGGACGACGCCACGGCCUUCCCCUACCAUCGCACCGCGUCCGUCUGUUAUCGGAGAUUGCACUACCGUGAGCAUCUGCAGGGAUUUUGUCAACAGUUGCGGUAUGAAGUAUGGCGGUUGCCACAACAUUUGUCGGCCCUGGCCGACGUAUUCGCCGCCCAGGUGUCCUUUUCCCACGAGUCUGAACCCGUCCACGCCGCAUAACGGAUAAGACCAUAAUGUCUGAGUUUCAGUUAUGGCUAUGGUGUAAUAUGCAAAAGGCGGGCGUGUACAAGGAGCAAGUCCCUGUCUGUGGGAUACGUUAGGUUAGGCUAGGUACUCUGUUCGCUGGACCUUGCGCGAGUUACCUAGGUACCUGGUCUUAGUGUAUAAGGGCCAGAACAACGGCUUCCCUGGGAAAUGGGCGAGCAGACGUCCCUCUUCGUCGACAAUGUAUAACAUCAAGUUCUAGAAUCCCAUUCUUGGUCUUCACUGGUCGAGUUGUUGCCUGCUCAGUGAUUGCGUGAUAUUGCAUCUCCGGUUGUCCGUAAGUGCGCGUUGGUCUUGAUGUUACUUACCUACCUAGGUAGGUGCCUGUGUAGAUGCGAAUUGGUUAGAUAGGGCCUGUGAGGU